CAAAACGAUUCAAGGAAACAAAACUCUUGCAUCAGCAUGUACGUAUGUCUUUGUGCAAUGGCAUCUCCCUAGCUAGUACUAGCUAGCUAGUCUACUCGUAGUCCUACAAAUACAUUAUUGAAGUCUGAAGGUGAUCAAGAGCUUGUCGCCAUUUCUCAAAACCUCAGUGGUUCACAAGGUUGCUACCCCUCCCUCCAUUAGCUUAGCUUAGGUCUGAAGCUUCAGCUCUGUUGGGUAUAUACCCUUUUUCUACCUGCCAUCACAUUAAAGUUCCUUGCCUUUUGUGGUUUUUUUAAGUUAGUCAAUCAUGUCCUCUCGCAGCGGCACGGACCCGCUGUUCGCCAUUAGCGUGCUGAACAACAAUCGACGGCGCUACGAUGACAGUAUCGGGACGCCCCUCUUAUCUUCCAGUCAUGAGCGAGGAGGGUCUUCCAACCAUUCGACGACCUCUCGCACUCCUCCUUCCACGACGGGACGUAACGGCACCACCACGCCACGUUCCAUUGCCUACUCGUCUUCCCAUCAUAAUAAUGGCAAGAGACCUCCUCGUUCCGUCGGACUUUCGACUACCACGACCUUGAAUGGAAGCCGUCGCAUGAGCAACGGUGGUCUUGGCGGCGGUGGCACUCAUCAUCGAACCAACGGCAAAAAGAAGAAUCGAAUCGUCUACCCUCCACCGCCUCCCACGGCCAGCGUCCAAAGUGCGUACACGGGAUAUAGCGACGAAGAGGAUGAAGACGAUGAUCACGAAGACUUGUCCAUUUCCGGAUUGGACGGUCUCGGUAGUGGCCAUCGUACGCGGGAUCGUCCCACUUCCAUGAAUGGAAAUGGCCAUCAUAAUCAUCAAGAUAAUCAAUCCGUGGUGACGGAUGUCCUGGAUAUUUCUCGCAAUGUCGGCUCCAAGGUCAUGACGAUGCAAGAACCCAUUGCCGAACGAACCAUUUUCCCGUCCGAAGCGGCUGUGACAUCGUCUGAAGGACUCGAUUCCAAGACUCCCGAAGUGGUGAUGCAUCCCACACAGGCACAACCCAACCAACAGCUCAUGAGUGACGAAGACUUGGAUGCGGUUGGACAGUUUUUGGUGCAGGGAUCCUGUGUUGGAAUUAUCAUUUGGUUAUUCUUGCUGUUCAAUGUAUACCUGUUGGCACCCGAAGACAGUUACGAAUAUUUGACCGGCAUGGAACGACAAGCCGGUUGGACCAUUGUCAUUUUAUUGUUUGCCACCAAUACGACUCGUAUCAUCCCAUUGGCAUUUCAGAAAAAUGGAUUCCAAUUCCUAAAGAGUGGGAUCAUGGUUGGAAGCUUUACGGUUCAGUUUAUUGCUCUGGUAUCCAACUGGAUCAUGGUAGUCUUCAAGACGCCCGUCAUGAUUGACCCAUACACUGGAAUGAGGAUUCACUUGUUCCGAUUUGCCGUUUGGACUCCACUCUCCUUUCUCAUGACCUUUUUGACCGAAGCCAUUGAUCUCAACUGGCAAUCCAAGGCAUCCGUCCAUCAAUCCUUUCACCAGCAUUCCUACCAAGUCGCUUGGUGGCACGCAUCCUUCAUGGCACUCAGUACUGUAUGUGGGGGCAUUUUCCCCUUUUGCAAGAAUCCAUUCAUUUGGUGGGAAGUCAUGAUCAUUAGUUGGAUCCUCUUUGCCACCAUUUAUCUACGAUUCUAUCAGCGAUACGUUAGAGCUAAAGUAUUGAAGGAGCAGCAACAACACCAGCUGCCCACCAAGUCCAAGCAAACACGAGGACCCAAUUUCUUGCUCAAUGAAGCUGUCGAUCGAUCCCGCAUGAGCUUUCAGUUGAUUUGUCUCUGUACUUGUACAUGGACAUUGAUUGCCUUGACAUUUACCCUGGCAUGUUUCCUACCCGAAUGGGUGCCAAAAGAUUCCUUUUGGGCCAGUCCGGAGUUGCCAUUGGUCGUGGGGACUAUGCUCGAGUCCGUCAGUAAGGUCUAUUACCUCACCAUGCAGCUUCACGUGUAUGAUAAAGUCUUUGAUGAGAGUGCCCGAUCGGCCAGGCGUUUGGAAGAAAUGAGGACUCUCAUGUCGGCCUUGUGGGAAGCAAGCACCGACAUUUUGGUCAUCUGUGCCGAGACGGAUUCCUUUAUUCAUGCGGUGAUCAGCCCACAUCCGCUGCUUCAGUCUGAAGUCGAAGAAUUCACGGCACGAAGGAACACGUCUUCGACCAUGUUGGAAAUCUCCAAGUUCAACAACACAUUCGUCAGCUUCCCCAUGAAUCUCUCCGAGCCAGUAACAAGGGAAGACGCGCAGCGCAUUCAAAGCCAGCGGUUACGAGAACUCAACAUGGAAUUCACAGAGCGAGACACGACAAGAGGCAAAAACUUGGCAACGCUGGCGAAGUUGGCCAAGCGAGCUUGCCUAGAUGAACAGUCGUGGCACAACAAUGCUGCCACUUGGUCUCUGCAGGAAAUGGUCGAGUACAACCCCAACACGGAUUCAGAAAUUCCAGUCCAAUGCGAAGCUAAAGUGACAACCAUUGAUAGUGGUGGUGUCCUCCUGGUCCUCCGAGACGUACAAGAACGCUACCAGCGCUUCGAGGUUGAGAAAGCUCUUCUUGAGGAAGUCAUCGUUCGAAAGAAAGAUGCCGAAGCCAUUCGAUUCACCCGUCACGAGGUCAAGAACGGCCUUCUUGCAGCUAUUGGCAUUGUUGAUGGGCUCAAAGAACAAAUGCAGAAACACAGUGCCGGUGCUGAUGAUUCGCACAUGGACGAUCUCGAUGCAGCCCUGAAAGAAAUUCUAGAGGCUAUUCUUGACAACGCGAUGAUUAGAGAAGUGGUGUACGAAGGCUACGUUCCUCGCCGAGAAAACGUCGAUUUGGUGCAACUUUUGGACCCCAAGUCACGGGAACGCAGUUCCUGUGGAAGUAAUUUAUCUGACGGCGGCGGUUCGAAACGUCAUUUCCCGCUGUUUGCCUCACCGGAGCCAUUCCCACAAUUGUUGCUGGACCCUCAACUGAUGCGCAAGAUUUAUCAAAAUGCUGUAUCCAACGCCUGCAAGUAUGGCAAGAAGGACGGAGACGUCAAGACAUUUUUGACCUAUGACUCUGCAAGUCACAUUUUCCGAAUGGAAGUUUUCAAUCUCCCUGGAUACAACCAUGAAGCUUUGGUCAGGCUCAGCCAGGAGGAAUCUGAACGGGUCUUCCAGGAGAGCACCCAGCUUCCUAUCAAUCAGCGUCUGGACACAAAGGAAGGAAAGUUGGUAUCAGCUCGUAGCGCUGGUGACGGUGCCUGGAUUAUGCAAAAGUGUGCCGAAUGUUUGGGUGGCACCUGCGACAUCAAUUACACUCCUAACGGAACCACUCUGACUUUUGAGUGCCCAGCAACCGUUUCUGACGAGUGGAAGGAACAACAACGGAGUGUGGCAUCAGUGCCUGAAGAAUUUAAAAUCCCCCCUACGACAUGGGCUAUUGCGGUCGAAGAUUCUCCAAUGCAACAAAAGCUGCUGGAUCGAUUCUUGAAACAGGCAGGAUUUCCGAAGGAGAAGUGCGUAGUUCUAGGAAAGACAGCGGAUGAGAUCUACAACUUCACAGACACAAUCCGAGACCUAAUGCGCGAAAACGAGAAUGAUAAGUUUGUUCUGAUUAUCGAUGAGAACUUGGACAUUGUCGAAGGUGGAGCCGUCACAUCCACAGUGUCGGGUUCAUUUUCAAUUCACCAACUGCGAAAGUCGAUGGACGAGGAGGACGAGGCGAGAAUGCUUGCUCUUAUUCGCAGCGCAAACGAUUCGGUUCAGGAGGUUGAAAUGUAUCAGUCUCGCGCUCACGGAUUCUUGCUGAAAGGCCCCAUGAAGAAAGGUGGACUGCUGGAAGAAAUCAAACCUUGGUGGAUUCGCCGAUUCAGGAAGGUUCGUACACGUCGUCGUCGAACUGGCGAUAGGAGGGGCGUUGGCCGAAAUGGCUCCGGAUCGGGCGGACGUCUCAUGUCCAACAUGUCCAGCAGUGAUUUCAACCACGAUGACGCAUUUGGUAUCACAAGGGAACGCAUCAUGGAGUUUGUGACAAACAUUGAUGCACUGUGCGGCUAUCGACCGCUUGUGGACGGCCACAGCUCCGGUGCAACUGUCGGUCCUGGUCAUAGUACAGACUGGCAACCGAUUCGGUACAAGCUUUUGUUACUGAAUAUUGACUUGAAGAUCAAUUCGGACAGAGAUCUCUUGUGUUUGGCAGCAAAAGCAAUCGAUGAUCUCACCAGCCAGGGAGGUGCGGGUGGCGUACCGGACAACCUUUUGCAUCAAUGGAUGGAGAUCAGGGACCUUGUGACUAAAGGGGUUGAAGACACUGCAGUUGCAAAUGGCACAUCCUAAUGUGUCCGUAGUUGACAAUAACCAAAACGUUUUAGAUAAUAUAUGUAUGCAUG